CACUCCACUCCACCACCCCCUCCCCCUCCUCCUCCUCCCCCUCAAACCCUAACCCCACCACGCGCCAUCUCCGCAUCCUCUCCACAUGGCGUCCAUCACCACCACCGCCGCAGCCGCAGCCGCCUCCUCCUUCCUCCACCGCCGCCGCGUCGCCGCGUCCGCCUCGCCGCCCCCGCGCGCCACAGCCACAGCCACCCUGCGGCACCACCAGAGGGUCGUCGGUUGCCGCGCGGCGGAGGUGUCGGGGGCGGAGCCGUCGGCGGCGGCGGGGGAGGCGAGCGGGGAUGGGAACUGGGUGCCGGUGGUGCCGCUGGCGGCGCUGCCGCGUGGGGAGCGGCGGGUGAUCGUGCAGGACGGGGAGGAGAUCCUGCUGCUGUGGUACAAGGAGCAGGUGUACGCCGUCGAGAAUCGAUCCCCCGCCGAGGGCGCCUACACCGAGGGCCUCCUCAACGCCAAGCUCACCCAGGACGGCUGCAUUGUUUGCCCAACAACAGAUAGUACAUUUGAUCUUCGUACUGGUGAAAUAAAGGAAUGGUAUCCCAACAACCCUGUUUUAAGGGCUCUUACACCUGCAUUGAGAAAACUAUUCGUGUACCCUGUGAAAAUCGAUGGGGAGAAUAUAUACAUCAGUAUCAAGGGGGCUGUUACCUCCGGUGGAUCCGCAGAGAUUAUAUUCAGUGGGAAAGCACAACCUGGAUUUACUGCAUCCGAUGUCAAUAUCGAAGAGGUGAGAAUGGUGAUUGAUGAGGAUGUCGGAGGUUUUGGUUUCACUAAUAAGAAUGAACUAAUUAAUGGGAAAGCCGCUAUAAUUGGCUUUCUCUUGUUAAUAGACUUUGAACUUUUAACUGGGAAAGGCCUUCUCAAGGGGACUGGUUUAUUGGACUUCAUAUAUGCAAUCUCAAGAGCUUUCAGCUCAUAAGGAUGCUUCUUCUUUGGUGUAGAAUGUUGUCCAUGUACAUCACUCAUUUUUCAGAUAUUUGGAGUAAAAAUGGAUGGGAAGCAAAUGAGGAAAGCAGAUGGUAAGUUGGUAACAUAGAACAUGUGAUGGGAAUCAACAAAGUGGAUGUAAUACUGUACGUAGAAAAACUUUGAUGUAGUUCUCGUAUGUAGUCUGAGCUUGUAACUGUACUCAUGCUGCAAAUAGGCUGGUUUCUAAGAACUUGGAGAGAAAUCCUUGUGAACAAUGAGAAAGUUCAUUAAGGUACUUUGUUUUGAUCAGACACAUUGUUCAUUUUUAAUCAAAGAAAAUAGUGAAAUUGUACUGUACA